AUGAGGGAAUCGCGAGAGAUAGAGAUGGAUGCGAUACGGAGAAAGUAUUUUGCUGAGGUUUUUGGGGUUAAGAGGCCGGUUGUUGGGGUUGAAGGGGGCAAUGUUUGUGUGCGCGGGGCUGAGAGAGGGCGGGUGGAAGCGUUAGUUUGUGAAGAGUUACUGAUGGAGAUUGAAAGCGACUUUCAGCUGGCUUUGGCACGGGGGAGAGGUGAUGGCGGGAUGGUGGGUGGCACAGAGUUCGCAGGCGGAGAGGGGUUUUCUGUGGCAGAUAUGACUGGGUCAUCCAAGUAUGGUUAUGAACAAGCUUGUUCAGGGCAGCCGAUGCCUAUGGUUGAUAGACCACAGUCGCACAUGUCACAACAGCAUCAUAAUCUAGCGCCUAUUGAGACGCCUCCACGUACGCCUAUCCAGACUAUGAGUCCGCGCAGGUCGCAUAGCGAGAUACAUAUGGAGAGGACAAACGGGCAUGUGGAGCCGCAGUAUUCUGUUUCUUCAAAGGUACGGGGCCAGGUGGAAGAUGCUAUUGGUGGUGGCGGCAUUCAAUGCGAAUCACCGGUCACACCGCCUGGCUCCAUGAUCAAGAGAUCGCCCAGGCAGACGUUUGGAAUUUUCUCCAAGACUAGUGGUAAAGAUCUUCACUCGGAAUACCAUCAGGCGCUGCAGAAUCAGCACACCUCGAUGCGUACAAGAUCUUUCACGUCAACGACUCUCAAAAAUUUUACUUCUUCUCUUCAGCAGAAACGGAAAACUGCGAGUGGUAGGAUUACUCCGCAAAAAUAUAGCCCUUCACAAAGCACGUUUGAACAGCAACAGUUAUUGCAGCAACCACAACAACCACAAAAUCAGCAUCAAUUACAACAUCAUCAGGGACAGGUAUGGCAACAGCCGCAACCGCAGCAGCAAUUCCAAUACCAGUAUAAUGAACAGGCUGCAAACAGCAUUAAUAAUAUUAACAGAGCCUCGACCACUGGAUCUGGGAUUCGUACGAGACAUUCAUCAGCUUCUUUAAACGGCAGUAUUGCCACAAGAUACGCACAGUCCACACCUGUAUUACCGCAAAUAAGCACAUAUAUGCAACACCACCGCUCAACUUCAACACUAUAUUCGAAACAAAUUAUAGCGUCUAGUUCUAUGAAGAGACCUCAGGUUUAUCCUGCGAUGCUAUCACGUGUCGCAACGAGGUUUAAGAAAGUCACACAAUUGGGUGAGCACAAGAAGGACGGCUUACUUUACAGAGACGCAUUUACCGGGCAGGAAGCUGUUGACGUGCUCUCCUCCAUAAUAAGAACCUCGGACCGGAAUUUAGCAUUGUUACUUGGACGUGCUUUAGACGCCCAAAAGUUAUUCCAUGAUGUUGUGUAUGAACAUAGAUUGCGCGAUUCUCCCAAUGAAGUUUAUGAAUUUACAGGGAACUCUAGAAUUAUUGGUGGAGCUGGUAGCUUGGAUGCUGCAGCUGCAGCUGCUUCCAUGUACGCUAUGGAUUCUGGUGGUCCAGAUUCUAUGCUUCUAAAAGGAGGAGGAUCUUUGCUGUCGCCAAGUAAUACAACCUCAGCUAUGACGAUGUCCACGAUAUAUUCGACCAAUUCUGGUUUCAGUGAUAUGCAUUUUACUGCUACCGAAAAUAUUGACCCUGAUACGCUACAUGGUGUUAAUGGUGUAUUUACAUUACUAGCAGAGUGCUAUUCGGCUACAUGUACUCGCGAUCAGCUGUGUUAUUCUAUUUCUUGUCCUAGGAGAUUGGAACAACAAGCACGUUUGAACCUGAAGCCGAAUGGUGGUUUACAACGCAAUAUCUCAUUAGCGAUAAACGAUGAUGAAGAAGAAAAACCUUCAUGGACAAGUUCCGUCGAUGAAGCUAUAUGGUCUAAUUUGUCCAAGAAAGAGAUAAAGAGGCAAGAGGCCAUAUAUGAGGUGUUUAUCACAGAGAAGAAUUUCGUGAAAUCAUUGGAAAUUAUCAGAGAUACUUUUAUGAAGAAAUUGGCAGAGACUAACAUUAUCCCUGCUGAUAUAAGAAAAAACUUCAUUAAACAUGUAUUUGCGCAUGUAAACGACAUCUAUUCUGUAAACAGAAGGUUUCUUAAUGCAUUAAGUGAAAGGCAAAAGGCGUCUCCAAUAGUGGAAGGAAUUGGGGAUGCGUUUUUGAAGUUUAUUCCAUUUUUUGAACCUUUUGUACUAUAUGUUGCAUCGAGACCAUAUGCGAAAUAUUUAAUUGAAACUCAACGGUCAGUAAAUCCAUAUUUUGCCCGAUUCGAUGAGGACCUAAUGAAUUCUAAGUUGCGACAUGGUAUUGAUUCAUUCUUAUCACAAGGUGUGUCAAGGCCCGGAAGGUACAUUUUGUUGGUUCGAGAGAUUAUUAAAUCGUCAGAUCCGGAGAAAAACAAAAGGGAUUUAGAGAGUUUAACAAGGGCGAUGGAAGCAUUAAAGGACUUUAUGAAACGUAUUGACAAGGCUAGUGGUGCUGCUCAGGAUAGACAUGAUGUGAAGUUACUAAAACAAAAGAUUUUAUUCAAAAAUGAGUAUGUCAACAUGGGAUUGAAUGAUGAGAAACGUAAAAUCAUGCACGAAGGACUAUUGUCACGUAAAGAACUAACAAAAUCUGAUGGUACGGUCACCGGCGACAUUCAGUUUUACUUGUUAGAUAAUAUGCUACUUUUUUUGAAAGCUAAAGCGGUCAAUAAAUGGAACCAGCACAAGGUAUUCCAACGCCCGAUCCCCUUACCGUUACUCUUCGUUUAUCCUGGUGAAGAUAUGCCACCUUUAAAGAAGUACGUCGGCAGUACACCGGACGCAUCUGGGCAGGUGAUUGUACCUGAGAACUACAGCCCAGAAGGAAAUCCUAGAAACGCUGUUACAUUGUUGUAUUAUGGAGCGAAACAGAGGUAUCAAGUUACGUUAUAUGCUGCCCAGUAUGCCGCAAUUCAGACGUUGUUAGAUAAAACGAAACAGGUGCAAACGAAACUAAUAGCUGGUAGUGAUAUAUUCAACAUUAAUAAGAUCAGCGAUAGGUUCUUUGACUACUCAAAUAAAAUCACUAGUGUCGCCUCUUGCGACGGUGGACGCACGCUAUUGAUCGCAACUGUUCAAGGUUUGUUCAAGAGCAACAUCAAACGAGAAAAGAUCCGGGACUCUGACAAAAUCACUACUCAUUUUUCUACACCUAUUAAGAUCGUACAGAGGAGUAAUGUAACACAAGUCGCUGUAAUGGAAGAAUUCCAAUCCGUUCUUCUGUUAGUGGACAAGAAGUUAUACAGCUGUCACAUGGAUCUUCUGCUGCAAGGAGACAAUGGGACUCAGUACUUUAAAAAACAUGCAAAAGAAGUGGUCAACCAUGUCAGCUUUUUUGCAGAAGGUGAUUGUAAUGGUAAGCGCAUCGUCGUUACUGCCCAUGCCUCUGCCCAUGCGAUUAAAUGGUUCGAGCACGAGCAUCCACUGCUUAUGGAAGGUGGCAAGCGUAGCAUGAAACGCAAAAUUAACGAAGUACAACUCGAUUCCGAACCCGUUUCCAUCUCUUUCCUAAGACGCAACCUCUCUAUUGGAUGCAAAAAGGGCUUCCAGAUUGUGUCCCUUUCUCAAGACGUUAAAGAGCCCUUCCUUGACUCUGCAGAUACCUCCUUGGAAUUUGCACUCAAAGACACAUUGAAACCCAUUGCCAUCUACCGCGUCAGCAGCAUGUUCUUCCUGUGUUACUCCGAGUUUGCAUUCUUUGUCAACAAUCAGGGCUGGCGCAAACGCGAAUCCCACACCAUCUACUGGGAAGGUGAGCCCGAAAAGUUCGCUAUCUGGUACCCAUACAUCCUCGCUUUCGACUCCAACUUUAUCGAAAUCAGAAAAAUAGACACAGGUGAAUUAGUCAGAUGCAUCCUAGGCGAUAAAAUCCGUAUGCUACACUCAAGCUCACAGGAAACAAUCUACGUCUACGAAGACGAAAGAGGUUACGACACAAUCGCUUCCCUAGAUUUUUGGGGCAAGUAG